CGGGGGCGGGCGGCGCGGGGUUGGGCCGCGGCGGCGGGGCCGUCUCAGGCCGCCGUCCAGCCCCUCCCGUCCGGCAGCCGCCGCCGCCGCCGCCGCCGCCGCCGGCGCCUGGGCUUGGUUGAGGCGGACGGUGGGGUCCGGGCCGGAGUGUGGCGCCGCCGCCGCCGCAGCGCGAAGGUGCUAGCGGGCAGUCAGAAAAUGGGUAAGAAGAGUCGCGUGAAAACGCAGAAAUCGGGCACCGGCGCUGCAGCGAGCGUGUCGCCGAAGGAGACCCUGAGCCUGACCACGGAGCUCCUGCAGAAGUGCAGCAGCCCCGCGCCGGGCCCCGGCAAGGAGUGGGAGGAGUACGUGCAGAUCCGCGCCCUGGUGGAGAAGAUCCGGAAGAAGCAGAAAGGCCUGUCGGUCACCUACGAGGGGAAGAGAGAAGAUUACUUCCCCGAGCUCCUGAAAUGGGCCUCCGACAACGGGGCCUCCGUGGAGGGCUUUGAGAUGGGCAACUUCAAAGAGGAGGGCUUCGGCCUGCGAGCCACGCGGGACAUCAAGGCAGAAGAAUUAUUUUUAUGGGUUCCACGAAAAUUGCUAAUGACUGUUGAAUCUGCUAAAAAUUCAGUGUUGGGGCCCUUGUAUUCGCAAGACCGGAUCCUUCAGGCCAUGGGGAACAUUGCCCUGGCCUUCCACCUGCUGUGUGAGCGCGCCAACCCCAACUCUUUCUGGCAGCCCUACAUCCAGACCCUCCCCAGCGAGUACGACACCCCGCUCUACUUUGAGGAAGAGGAAGUCCGCUACCUGCAGUGCACCCAGGCCCUGCACGACGUCCUCAGCCAGUACAAGAACACGGCCCGGCAGUACGCCUACUUCUACAGGGUCAUCCAGACCCACCCUCACGCCAACAAGCUGCCCCUGAAGGAGUCCUUCACAUACGAGGACUACAGGUGGGCCGUCUCGUCCGUCAUGACCCGGCAGAACCAGAUCCCCACGGAGGACGGCUCGCGGGUGACCCUGGCGCUCAUCCCGCUGUGGGACAUGUGCAACCACACCAACGGCCUGAUCACCACCGGCUACAACCUGGAGGAUGACCGCUGCGAGUGCGUGGCGCUGCAGGACUUCCGGGCCGGAGAGCAGAUUUACAUUUUCUAUGGCACUCGGUCAAACGCAGAGUUUGUGGUCCACAGUGGCUUUUUCUUUGACAAUAAUUCACACGACAGAGUGAAAAUCAAACUCGGCGUGAGCAAGAGUGACCGGCUGUACGCCAUGAAGGCCGAGGUCCUGGCCCGCGCCGGCAUCCCCACCUCCAGCGUCUUCGCCCUGCACGUCACUGAGCUGCCCAUCUCUGCCCAGCUGCUGGCCUUCCUCCGCGUCUUCUGCAUGACCGAAGAGGAGCUGCGGGAGCACCUGCUGGGCGAGAACGCCAUCGACAGGAUCUUCACGCUGGGCAACUCCGAGUACCCCGUCAGCUGGGACAACGAGGUCCGGCUCUGGACCUUCCUGGAGGACCGCGCCUCGCUGCUCCUCAAGACCUACAAGACCACCAUCGAGGAGGACAAGGCCUUUCUGCAGAGCCCCGGGCUGUCCCCGCGCGCCGCCAUGGCCGUGAAGCUGCGCCUGGGCGAGAAGGAGAUCCUGGAGAAGGCCGUGAGGAGCGCGGCCGCCAGCCGGGAGCACUUCCGCAGGCAGAUGGAGGCGGCGGCCCCGCUGCCCAAGUACGAGGAGAGCGGCCUGGGGCUGCUGGAGGCCGGCGGGGCUGACUCACGGCUGCCCUCGGGCCUGCGGAACCUGGACGGGGCGGCGGGGGGGCAGGAGGCCCUGACGCACCGGCUCGUCAACGGGGACAGUGCCAUCCCCAACGGGACCCGGCCCGACCAGGAGGACUCCCCCGCGGGCGCCAGAGAAGGCGCUUCCGACGGCGCCGGCGGGCUCCGGGGGUAGCUCGGGCGGCGCGGCUGGCGGGCGUCCGGGCACGUGCCGGCUGCUUUCUGCAGAGAGGAAAAUACGUUUUUUGCUGCUUUCUACGAAAUGAUUUUUUUUAAGUUAUUUAAGAUACCUGGCUUCCCUUUCUGAUUGAGAUUGCCAUCUCGCGCCGGGGAGCUGGCGCGGGAGGCGGGCGGGCGGGCGCGGUUCCCCCGUGCCCACCACUGCCAGCCACUCCCCCCAGCCCCCAGCCACGGGGCCGCGGGCCGGGCGGGGCCGGAGGGGGCACCCGGCAGGCCUGCGUGAGGCCGGAUGCGGGAGUCUGUCAAAAUCCCCCCCCAGCGCCCCACCGCCAAAAAAACAAGAAACUCACCCCAGUACCCAAAGAAGGUAAGGUGGCGGGCGGCCUUAUGGUUCCUAGUUUCAACGUUGACACCCCAGACUCUGAGCACUCGCUUCUCUCGCGAUUUCUAAAGACCUGUUUAGCUUUUGCGUUCUGUUCCACUGUAUUAAGAACUCUCCCUUCCCCCGGAGUCCGAGUGGGCCGAGCACCCCCCGGUGCUGGCCCUGACGGCAAGGUGAGGCCGUUGGUUCCGGCGGGGUAGGGGACAGGCGGCGCCCUCUACCCCCCCGGCGGCCCCCGUGUGCCCUGCCCCCGCCCUGUGGCUGAGCUCACGGCAAGGGGGCCCCCAGCUUUCCUGGUUUUCACAAGCUAGACCUUUUCAAAGCUACACUUUUGAGGAAAAAGCUUUAUUAAAAGGAAAACGUGA